AUGUUUAUAAAGCUGUUUGGUGGAGUUGAGAAUGAAAUGGAAAAACUGGAUUCUUUCAACGAAGCUGGAGAGAUGCAAUUUGGAAUGUUGAAUGCGUUUCUGAUGAUCUCUAGAAAUGCACAUGGUUAUUUGAUUUAUAACUAUCCAGUUAAAUUAUUGUCUUUCAACGGCUUUAACUCUUCUACCUACAUAGUCGUUCAAUAA